AUUUCACACGCUUACAGAACAAAGCGAGAAUUUAGAAGGGAAAAAAAAAAGUCAAGAAGAGACGCGCUAGUGCGAUCGAUUUCUCUCCUUAAUUUUGGUUUCUGUCUUUGUUUGUGUAUUACGGUCCGCUCACCGGCAGAUUCUCAGGUUCUCACAAAAUACAGAGGGAGGAGGGAGAGUGAGAAGAAGGGAGAUUUCUCUUUGUUCUUUGCCUUUCUCCCUCUGUCUCUUAUUGCUAAAAUUCAUUCUGAACACGGGCAAUAACAACGGGCAUCAUGAACGAGAAGGCCAACGUCUCCAAGGAGCUCAAUGCCAAGCACAAAAAGAUACUGGAGGGGCUUCUUAAAUUGCCAGAGAACAGGGAAUGUGCUGAUUGCAAAAGCAAAGGUCCUAGAUGGGCUAGUGUGAAUCUGGGAAUCUUCAUCUGCAUGCAAUGUUCUGGAAUUCAUAGAAGUCUUGGAGUACACAUAUCAAAGGUGAGGUCUGCAACACUGGAUACAUGGCUUCCUGAGCAGGUUGCAUUUAUUCAAUCAAUGGGAAAUGAAAAGGCAAAUAGUUACUGGGAAGCAGAGCUACCCCCAAAUUAUGAUAGAGUUGGGAUUGAAAACUUCAUUCGUGCAAAGUAUGAAGAGAAAAGAUGGGUUCCGAGGGAUGAUAAAAGGAAAAAUACUUCAAGUGUGCAGGAAGACAGGGCUUCUGCUUGUAGGCAGAGACCUGGGCAAAGAAGUGGGAGUGGAUAUGCCUAUAAUGAUGAACAUGCCUCUGAUGAUUGGAAGAACCUUCCUCCAUCUUCUACAAAAAAUAAUGCUCCUCCUAUUAGUAGUAUUCCUGCACCCCCAAAAGUAGUCGAACAGGUUCCUCUAGAUCCAAAACCAGAACCAGUCAUCCAGAAACCCGAAGCAGUAGUACAGAAAGUUGAAUCUACAGCACAUACGACUAACUCUGCAAAAGUUGCAUCUCCCCCAAAAGUUGAUUAUGCUACUGAUCUUUUUAACAUGCUCUCAAUGGAGAAUCCAAGUGAGAGUGGCACAGAGACACCCGUUGAUGAUAAUGCAUGGGCUGGAUUCCAGUCUGCAGAAACAUCAUCCACAGCGGAGAAAGUUGGUCCUGAAAAGCCAGCUGAGAGUAAGACCCCCACUGGGUCUGGAAUUGAGGAUCUAUUUAAAGAUCCACCUUCUGUCGCACUGCCUCCAAAUUCUGAAAAACCUCAGAAAGAUGUAAAGAAUGACAUUAUGAGCCUCUUUGAAAAGUCCAACAUGGUGUCACCCUUUGCCAUCCAUCAGCAGCAACUUGCAAUGUUGACACAGCAACAGUCCCUUCUCAUGGCUGCUGCAGCCAAGUCAGGUGGCGCCACUCCAACAUUUCCUGGCAAUACCUUGCAACCUGCCUCUAAUGGUACUCAUGCACUCGGUGGCAGUUUGUCUGCUCAAAACUGGCUAAAUGCGGGCUACCAAGUUCCUGGGAUGAUAAAACCAGCGACUGGACAAAAUGAGUUACCGAAAUUUGUGCAGACCGGAAACCCUAGGCCGACACAUCCAGUAGGAAACUUUGUUUCAUUUCCUGCAUCUAGCAUGUAUACCAUGGGGCAACAUGCUCCCAGCAAUGGAGUUACCAUGGCUGGACUGAAUAGGCCUCCUUCGGCAUCGUCUGUCUCUUCGGUUACUCCUGCCCGAUCAGGAAAAGAUUAUGAUUUCUCAUCAUUAACAGAAGGGUUGUUUUCGAAACCCUAAGCAAUGGGGAAAGCAGAUAUUACCAUACUAGUUCAGUGGAUCCACAGGAAAUAUAUUUGGGUGGGACGGGGAAAUGUCUCUCCUGUAUUUGGGGUUGUAAGCUCUUUUUGUAGAGGCAAAUUCAGUUUUUGUUUUUCUUUUUUUUUUGUUUGUUUUAUUAUUCGGGUGGUGGCUUCAUUUGUACUAGUAGUAUAAUUGAAGCAAUAAAGAUGGGUAUAAAUUGCUUGGAUUCUUCGUCUCAAUUAUGAUUACUGGUUCUCCAUUUGGGGAAAAUGGGAUUAAUCUUUGCAUGUUGUAUAGCGUGUUUGAUUAUUGCAAUUCAGAUAUCAAAUUACUGA